UCUGCUUACUGGGGACACCUUGCCUGACAAGCAGGGACCUUGUGAUGGAUGGGAUAUCAGUAGGGGAGGGAAACAAGCACAGGGGGAGAAGAAAUUUGCACAAGGUCAUCCACCUCUCAUCUGCCUGUUAGUUGGCAGGCGGAAGAUUCAGCUGGGAACAACUUGUUGGGGGAGAUGACAUUCUAGUGAACAAUGAACCAGUCAGUCCGGGAGCCAGAUAAUUACGGUGCAGCCGCGUGAAGUGAGGAUUGUGGAGCCAUUGAGAAGACGCAGCCAAGUACAGAGGAGUGGGAGCAGCCGCCUGGAGCAGCCGAACUCUGCCCUGUGGCCCUCCUGUGUGAGUGGCAUGCGGCACCCUUGGACUGGCCCUGUGUCCUCUGGCCUGCUGCCCCACCCCCCCAGGAGGCCCUGACGCCCUGGGGCACUUCUGCUCUGCGCAGGAUCACGUGGGGGUUUGCCAUGGUGACAUAAAGGGGCGCAGAGGAAGGAAGGAGCAAGGCCAGCCUGCAGACUGCGCCCCUGGCAGGGAGGAAGGCCGGGGCAGAUCCUCCACGCCCACUGCCCCCUGAGGGCUUCGCUUCCUAAGCCUCUGUGAAUUUCUUGGUCAGUGGACAACUCUCGAGUCUCCUGUGUGGGGCCUUGGGGAGGCCAGGGCAGGCCAGGCCUCCGGUGGCUGAGGUCUCGGGGGCCAGGAUGCCUGCCCUGGCAUGCCUCCGGAGGCUGUGUCGGCAUGUGUCCCCACAGGCUGUCCUGUUUCUGCUGUUCGUCUUCUGCCUGUUCAGUGUUUUCGUCUCCGCCUACUACCUGUAUGGCUGGAAGCGGGGCCUGGAGCCUUCAGUGGAUGCCCCUGAGUCCGACUGUGGGGACCCGCCGCCUGUGGCCCCCAGCCGCCUGCUGCCGCUGAAGCCCGUGCAGGUGGUCACCCCUUCCCGCACAGACCCGCUGGUCCUGGUGUUCGUGGAGAGCCUCUACUCGCAGCUGGGCCAGGAGGUAGUGGCUAUCCUGGAGUCCAGCCGCUUCAAGUACCGCACGGAGAUCGCGCCGGGCAAGGGGGACAUGCCCACCCUCACCGACAAGGGCCGGGGCCGCUUCGCCCUCAUCAUCUACGAGAACAUCCUGAAGUACGUCAACCUGGACGCCUGGAACCGUGAGCUGCUGGACAAGUACUGUGUGGCCUACGGUGUGGGCAUCAUCGGCUUCUUCAAGGCCAAUGAGAACAGCCUGCUGAGCGCACAACUCAAGGGCUUCCCGCUGUUCCUGCACUCGAACCUGGGCCUGAAGGACUGCAGCAUAAACCCCAAGUCCCCACUGCUCUAUGUGACGCGGCCCAGCGAGGUGGAGAAGGGCGUGCUGCCUGGUGAGGACUGGACCGUGUUCCAGUCGAACCACUCCACAUAUGAGCCAGUGCUGCUGGCCAAGACGCGUUCUUCCGAGUCCAUCCCACACCUGGGCGCCGAUGCCGGCCUGCAUGCUGCCCUGCAUGCCACCGUGGUGCAGGACCUGGGCCUCCAUGAUGGCAUCCAGCGUGUGCUGUUCGGCAACAACCUCAACUUCUGGCUGCACAAGCUUGUCUUUGUGGACGCCGUGGCCUUCCUCACGGGGAAGCGCCUGUCGCUGCCUUUGGACCGCUACAUCUUGGUGGACAUCGAUGACAUCUUUGUGGGCAAGGAGGGGACGCGCAUGAAGGUGGAGGACGUGAAGGCCCUGUUUGACACACAGAAUGAGCUGCGAGCACACAUCCCAAACUUCACCUUUAACCUGGGCUACUCAGGGAAAUUCUUCCACACAGGUACGGACGCCGAGGAUGCUGGGGAUGACCUGUUGCUGUCGUAUGUGAAGGAAUUCUGGUGGUUCCCCCACAUGUGGAGCCACAUGCAGCCCCACCUUUUCCACAACCAGUCUGUGCUGGCUGAGCAGAUGGCCCUGAACAAGAAGUUCGCUGUCGAGCACGGCAUCCCCACGGACAUGGGGUACGCCGUGGCGCCCCACCACUCGGGCGUGUACCCCGUGCACGUGCAGCUGUACGAGGCGUGGAAGCAGGUGUGGAGCAUCCGCGUGACCAGCACGGAGGAGUACCCACACCUGAAGCCGGCCCGCUACCGCCGCGGCUUCAUCCACAACGGCAUCAUGGUCCUCCCAAGGCAGACCUGUGGCCUCUUCACACACACCAUCUUCUACAAUGAGUAUCCCGGCGGCUCCAGUGAGCUGGACAAGAUCAUCAAUGGGGGCGAGCUCUUCCUCACUGUGCUCCUCAACCCCAUCAGCAUCUUCAUGACACACCUGUCCAACUAUGGGAACGACCGCCUGGGCCUGUACACCUUUAAGCAUCUGGUGCGUUUCCUGCACUCCUGGACCAGCCUGCGGCUGCAGACGCUGCCACCCGUGCAACUGGCCCAGAAGUACUUCCAGAUCUUCUCUGAGGAGAAGGACCCCCUCUGGCAGGACCCCUGCGAGGACAAACGCCACAAAGACAUCUGGUCCAAGGAGAAGACAUGUGACCGCUUCCCAAAGCUCCUUAUCAUUGGCCCUCAGAAAACAGGUACCACGGCCCUCUACUUAUUUCUGGGAAUGCAUCCGGACCUAAGCAGCAACUACCCCAGCUCAGAGACCUUUGAGGAGAUCCAGUUUUUUAACGGCCACAACUAUCACAAAGGCAUCGACUGGUACAUGGAGUUCUUCCCCAUCCCGUCCAACACCACCUCUGACUUUUACUUUGAGAAGAGUGCCAACUACUUUGAUUCUGAAGUGGCGCCCCGGCGGGCAGCUGCCCUGUUGCCCAAGGCCAAGAUCCUCACCAUCCUCAUCAACCCUGCGGACCGGGCCUAUUCUUGGUACCAGCACCAGCGUGCCCAUGAUGACCCCGUGGCCUUGAAGUACACCUUCCAUGAGGUGAUCACAGCUGGACCUGAUGCGUCCUCGAAGCUGCGUGCCCUCCAGAGCCGCUGCCUGGUCCCCGGCUGGUACGCCACCCACGUUGAGCGCUGGCUCAGCGCCUUCCACGCCAACCAGAUUCUGGUCUUGGAUGGCAAACUGCUGCGAACAGAACCUGCCAAAGUGAUGGACACAGUGCAGAAAUUCCUCGGGGUGACCAACAUCAUCGACUACCACAAGACCUUGGCGUUUGAUCCAAAGAAAGGAUUUUGGUGCCAGCUGCUCGAAGGAGGAAAAACCAAGUGUCUGGGCAAAAGCAAGGGCCGGAAAUACCCAGAGAUGGACCUGGAUUCCCGAGCCUUCUUGAAGGACUACUACCGGGACCACAACGUUGAGCUUUCUAAGCUGCUGUACAAGAUGGGCCAGACGUUGCCCACCUGGCUGCGGGAGGACCUCCAGAGCACCAGGUAGCCAUGGCCACCACUGCCAGACUGAACACCUGUGACAGCCGGGCCGGACGAACCUGCGGAGAGGGAGCGAGCCGGGCUGGCCAGGCACUUACGAGCAAUACCCUGCCGAAGCCCACGCAGGGCCGGGAGAAGUGAGGCAGGUCCACAAGCGCCUCAGAGCCUCCACUGCUGGGUCUGUGGCCUACUGGAUCUCCCAGCACCAGAGGUCCAUUCUGUUCACAACCUCCCCGGAGAAGGCCACUUCCCGAUGGUGGAAGGCCACUUCUUGGUGGGAGGGAGUUCACGAGACUCUCUCCUGUCCCUCACUGUGUUCUACCAACCACCCCCUCUUUUUCAUCCCUGUCCCUGCUCCAGCAGGGUGUCCCCUCAGUAUUAGCUGCCAUAUUUUCCCUGUCCUCCAGACAGUAAGGGAGAAGAGCCCAGCUGGGUCUUUUGCCAAACCAGGGAGAAAGACUGGACAUUUCCCUGAGUGUUUUGAGCCAAGGCCUUCACAGGGGUCAGCUGGGUGCCAGGAGUGGUUCUUGGGUGGAUGUGAGGGUGGCCAUCUUGAGAGAACGC